AAAAAGAACUAAAACUAAAACGAAGCUUUGGACCACCACCACCUCAAUUCAGGAGACCACGCCCCCAAAAGCCUCCACAGAGAAGAAACAAAAGGAAAAGAAGAAAAUAAGCAGCGCCAGCAGCAACCGGCCCACUCCCAUUACCACCAGGACACUAGAAGACAAAAUGCCGCCAGUCGUUGAGCCUAAUACGAGGUUUUAGGAGGCUGAAAAUGGGGGACUCAAACUCCGUUGAUGUGAUUCUGGACUUUCUGCGGAAGAAUAGGUUUUCAAGAGCUGAGGCAGCUCUUCGCAGUGAGCUCAGUAAUCGUCCUGAUUUGAAUGGUUUCCUUCAGAAGCUUACUCUUGAAGAGAAGGACUUGGGUAAUUCGUUGGAAGCUGAAAAUGGGGACAAAUUGGUGGUGGAAAAUCAAGGGUUGGGGUCUAGGAAUGGUGGUGAAGUUUCUAAGGAACUUAUAGUGAAAGAGAUAGAGUAUGGAACUGGUAGAAAUGGGUCUGAAAGCAAAUGGAAAAAUACUGCUUCUAUUGGGGAGCGGAAUAAAACUAUUGAGGUGGCUGGGACAAAUCACAAGAGCUUCGCAUUCUCUAAAGGUUUAGAGGACACAGUGCUUGAUUUAUAUUCAUGGAAGGUCAAUCCUAGCAAUGGACCUGCAGAACCUUGUCAAAAUGAUGGAGAUGGUAGUAUCAAUAACUACCCAGAGCCUCAGAUAUCCCACCAAUCAAGGAAUCAUACAGCUGAGGUUCCUGAUUCGGGUAAAGCCAUUGUGAAAUACGGAGAAGAGAUUCUCUUUUCUGGCAAAAAGAAAACUUCUUGGGCUGGAAGUACUAGCAAAGCUAAUGUGGAAUUGAAGUACGACAGAACCCAAACAAGUGAACCUAAGGAACUUGACCAACAACUUAAGACAAGUACCUCAUUCUUGAAAGAAAAUGUAGCAGAUAAUCCAUGGUCAAGAAUUGAAGAACCUUCAAAUUCACCUUCAGAGAUGUGGAAAGAUUGUUCUGUCAAGACGGUAUUUCCAUUCUCCAAGGGGGACGUGCCAACAAGUUAUGAUAGUGCUUCUGCUUCUGACAAAAAAGAAGGAAAGAGAAAAGCUGAGUUGACUGAUAUUAGGGCAACAAUAAAGGAUCAGGUUGAUGAGGUGGGAAGAGCUUUAUACUUAAGCAAGUCACAAGGGAGUUCUGAGCAAAAUACCAUCAGUAGCUUAGUUUUUCCUAUUCUUCCUGAGAAUCAAAAGGAAGAGUUCCCUAGGCUGCCACCUGUCAAACUCAAGUCAGAGGACAAACCAUUGAAUAUUAAUUGGGAGGAAAAGUUUGAGCGAGAUGUACCUGGCUCAAAACUCAGCGCUGCUGACAAUGCUCUUCUUAUUGGGUCAUAUUUGGAUGUCCCUAUUGGACAAGAAAUCAAUUCUUCAGGUGGAAAAAGGAAUGUAGGAGGAGGCAGUUGGCUGUCUGUAAGUCAGGGGAUUGCAGAGGAUACAUCUGAUCUAGUUUCUGGUUUUGCUACUGUUGGUGAUGGAUUGAGUGAAUCUGUUGACUAUCCAAACGAGUAUUGGGACUCUGAUGAAUAUGAUGAUGAUGAUGAUGUGGGAUACAUGAGACAGCCUAUUGAAGAUGAGGCCUGGUUUCUGGCCCAUGAAAUCGAUUACCCAAGUGACAAUGAAAAGGGAACAGGGCAUGGGAGUGUUCCGGAUCCACAGGAAAGAGGUCCAACCAAAGAUGAGGAUGAUGACCAAUCUUUUGCUGAGGAGGAUUCUUACUUUUCUGGUGAGCGGUACUUUCAAGCGAAAAAUGUUGAACCAAUUGUAACUUCAGAUGAUCCUAUAGGACUAACAGUGACUGAAUUGUAUGGGAGGAGUGAUGAGAAUGAUUUAAUAGCUCAAUAUGAUGGACAGUUGAUGGAUGAAGAGGAACUUAAUUUGAUGCGUGCAGAACCUGUCUGGCAGGGCUUUGUCACUCAGACUAAUGAACUCAUCAUGUUAGGGGAUGGGAAAGUUCUGAAUGAGUGUGGAAGGUCACGUCUAGAUGAUGUUUGUGUGGAUGAUGAUCAGCUUGGUUCAGUAAGAUCAAUAGGUGUGGGAAUCAAUAGUGAUGCUGCUGAUAUUGGCAGUGAAGUACGGGAAAGUUUGGUUGGAGGCAGUAGUGAAGGGGAUCUAGAAUAUUUUCGAGACCAUGAUGUAGGAAUUGGUGGGCCCCGGAAGCAUCAUCAUGAAUCAGAUAAGAAAAACAUUGAUAGAUCUAACAAGGACAAAAAGAAAACUAGUAAACAAGAGGCAAAUAAAUAUGUAGUUGAGACUGAUACGGGUAUAUCGAGACAGAAGAAAAAUCAUACAGAAGGGGUAUUUUCAUUCCCUCCACCACUUAGAGAUGGACAGUUGGUGCAGGCAAGCUCUAGUAAAUCUUUAUGGUCAAACAACUGCAAUGCUGUUGUCACUGAUGAAACUGAUGACUGUAUGGUGGAUUCUGAUAACAUGCUCGCUUCAUGGAGGCAGAAAAGUAAUGAUUCCUCACCUAGAAUGAGUUCUAGGGACGAAAAUAAUGCUAAUGCUGUUAGAUCCACAAACUCUACUCCCUCAACACUCUCUAAUUAUGCUUAUGCCGAGAGAGAGCAUGCCAAGCAAGAAGAAGAAGAUAAAAUUGCUGCUGUUAGGGAAGAAGAUACAGGAGCAUCACUUGAGGAUGAAGAGGCAGCUGCUGUGCAAGAGCAAGUAAGGCAAAUAAAGGCUCAAGAGGAAGAGUUUGAGACCUUCAACCUCAAGAUUGUGCAUAGAAAAAACAGAACUGGCUUUGAAGAGGACAAAAAUUUUCAUGUUGUGUUGAAUUCUGUGAUAGCUGGGCGCUAUCAUGUCACCGAAUAUCUUGGAUCAGCUGCUUUCAGCAAAGCUAUACAAGCACAUGAUCUGCAUACAGGCAUGGAUGUUUGUGUGAAAAUUAUAAAGAACAACAAAGAUUUCUUUGAUCAGAGUCUUGAUGAGAUAAAGCUUCUCAAAUAUGUCAAUAAGCAUGAUCCUGCUGACAAGUACCACAUUCUACGUUUGUACGAUUACUUCUAUUAUCGAGAACAUCUGUUGAUAGUAUGUGAACUUCUCAAAGCAAACUUGUAUGAAUUUCAUAAAUUUAAUCGGGAGUCUGGAGGGGAGGUCUACUUCACAAUGCCAAGACUGCAGUCAAUUACGACUCAGUGUCUAGAGGCGCUUCAGUUUUUGCAUGGCCUUGGCCUGAUACAUUGUGACUUGAAGCCUGAGAAUAUACUGGUGAAAAGCUACAGUAGGUGUGAGGUGAAAGUCAUUGAUCUUGGGAGUAGUUGCUUUGAGACAGAUCAUCUCUGCUCCUAUGUUCAGUCUAGAUCAUAUCGUGCUCCUGAGGUUAUCUUGGGACUUCCAUAUGAUAAGAAGAUAGAUAUAUGGUCACUUGGCUGCAUCUUGGCUGAACUUUGUACUGGCAAUGUGCUCUUCCAGAAUGAUUCACCUGCAACUUUACUUGCACGGGUGAUGGGAAUCAUUUGCCCCAUUGAUCAAAGUAUGCUAGCCAAAGGACGUGAUACAUACAAAUACUUCACAAAAAAUCACAUGCUUUAUGAACGGAAUCAGGAAACUAACAGACUGGAAUAUCUGAUACCGAAAAAGACAUCCUUGAGGCACCGGCUGCCAAUGGGGGACCAAGGCUUCAUUGACUUUGUUGCUCAUCUGCUUGAGAUAAACCCGAAGAAGCGCCCUUCUGCAUCUGAAGCUCUGAAACACCCGUGGCUAUCAUAUCCUUAUGAACCCAUAUCAUCUUGAAGACUUGGAACAAUCUGAGAAGUUUCUUGGUAAAGAGAACAUAGUGCAGUUGCGCUUGCAUUUUGGAAUUUUGGGCGUCUAAUUGUGAAGAGGCUUCAUUUGAUUCGUAAUCAGAAUGAGUUAUCCAUUUGAAGGAGAUUAUGGCCCUUAACACUGCUGCACAAUGAAUGCAUUGAAAGGUGUGUUUGGGACACGGUUUGAUUAUGGCCCUUUCGUUCCUUCCCCUUUACCAAGUUGUAUUCCAAUUAGCUGUAAUCAAGAAUGUAAUUUUGCACGCACUGUAUUCUUAGGUUCUUCUUUCUUCGCUUUGUUUGUUCUGAUGGAAGGGGAAUCUUGAAAUCGUGUUGUACAUGAUUGUGUGAUAUUCUUUUAGGUAAUUUAGUAAUAUCUUGUGAAAUAGUUGCUUGUCCAAUUUUGGUUUAGCCCGUGACGAGACUGCUGCAUUGUACCGUUUGGUUUAUGGUUUUCUUUUCAAUUCCAAGGAAAGACAUGGUCGGAUAUCCAAAUUUCCCGGGGAUGUUGAGAUAA